AAAAAUUUCCAGCGAGAUAACACAGCAACGCUGAUAGGGUAAGCUGAAUUAAAGCCCUGGAUAAACGAUUUGGUUAUAACUAAGCUCACAAGAAAGACGAAUGCCACGUGUCGCGAUAUAAGAAAUAGGGAGCAGUGUGGGUGGAGGCACUGGAUUCCCUCCAAUAAAUUACGCUUCGCUUUCUGCAGCAAGCAAUAGCAACAUUAUUACUAAAAUAAGAUUUUUGGAUCCGAUUCAUGCUUGCCACACCAUUCCGGUUCCGGAGAUUACUUUUUUGCGGCGGUGCUGGUGGCGGAGACUCCGCGCCGGAAUAUACCUUCCCACGCCUCCUCCUCCAUCUCCCUCACCUUCUUCUUCUUCUUCGCUGUAGCGUUCAAAACAACGUGAUCUCUCUUGCAUUCUCUGGUUCGGUUCUUCUCGUCGUUUUAUCGAUCCGGCUUCUAGAACUUCCCUUUCUCAUUGCUUCUCCUCUCUCUCGCCUAAGCGAGAAAUUUCCUAGCUGAUUUGGCUCGAUUCGUCUUUUCCUUGUUCAAUUCCAUUUUUCAGGUGAUUGAAGUUUUGUGGUAGAAGGAAGAUUGAUAUGCUGUGGGAAAAUGUCGUUGAAAAGCAUAGUAAGGGAGCUAAAGGAGAUGAGGGAUGGGAUUGGUAGCAUGUCAAGGCGAGGUGUCGAGAGCAGGCGUUGGAACGGUCGGACAAAGUCACAUGUUGCUCCUGAUGUCACUCUAACUUCACUUGAACCUAUUCAGCAAGGGCAUUGGGCGAAUUUGCCGCCCGAAUUGCUUCUGGACAUAAUAAGGAGGGUGGAAGACAGUGAGACUACCUGGCCAGCACGAGCCGUUGUGGUUUAUUGUGGUUCAGUUUGUAAAUCGUGGAGGGCCGUUACGAAAGAGAUUGUUAAGACUCCUGAACAAUGUGGAAGGCUCACAUUUCCCAUUUCAUUGAAGCAGCCUGGUCCUCGUGAUUCUCCAAUACAGUGUUUUAUCAGGAGGAACAGAGAAACUUCAACAUAUCUGUUGUACAUUGGCCUGGUACCAUCGGAGAACGAGACUGAUAAGUUGUUAUUAGCUGCAAAAAAGGUAAGAAGGGCAACAGGCACAGACUUCAUCAUAUCUUUGGUUGCAGAUGAUUUUUCUCGCUCCAGCAACACAUAUGUUGGAAAACUCAGGUCUAAUUUUUUGGGUACCAAGUUCACUAUUUAUGACAGCCAACCCCCACAUGGAGCUGCAAUUCAACCAGAUAGUCAGCCUAGUAGGAGAUUUCAUUCAAAGCAGGUAUCUCCUAGAGUUCCAGCAUGUAACUAUGUUGUUAGCACCAUUGCCUAUGAGUUGAAUGUUCUCCGUGCAAGAGGGCCAAGGAGAAUGCACUGCACCAUGAACUCCAUACCUGUCUCAGCUGUUCAAGCAGGGGGCAAUGCUCCAACUCCUACUUUUCCUGAAAUCAUUGAUGAGCCUUUUUCUCCCUCACCAGCACUGAAAGGAAAGGGUCCAAUUAGAGAUUUAGACAAUGCAAGCCUCCCAGAGCUACUACCAGUAGAGAGCCAAGGCUCAGCUGAGCCUCUUGUACUUAAAAAUAAGGCUCCUAGAUGGCAUGAGCAGCUGCAAUGCUGGUGCCUAAACUUCAAGGGUCGUGUUACAGUGGCUUCUGUUAAAAACUUUCAACUUGUGUCUGCUGUUGAUCCAUCUCAUAAUGUUUCUGCUGCAGAGCAAGAAAAGGUAAUCUUGCAGUUUGGAAAGAUUGGAAAAGACAUAUUUACUAUGGAUUACCGUUAUCCGCUCUCUGCCUUCCAAGCCUUUGCCAUAUGUUUGAGCAGCUUUGAUACCAAACCAGCCUGUGAAUGAGACCAAUGGCACUGGAUCAUCUGCUGGAGCACCAUCGAUACCAAACCAGCCUGUGAAUGAGACCAAUGGCACUGGAUCGUCUGCUGGUUUGUAUCAUAUAUAUAAUAUGCUAGGCACAGUUAAUCAGGCCUGGUGGGCAUGCAACUGAGAUCUUGGCUAUGCAGUCUUUUAGUAUUUUUCCGUUGUGUUGUUAGUUGUUUAUUCUGGAAUUUAACUUUAUGCUGUUUCACAGCCCUGCAACUAAAAGUAAGUUUAGUGAAUCUUCAAUUUUAUAAAGUCGCAUGGUAUUUCUCACCAAUAAAUCUUUUUUUUUUCAAUAGUGAAUUUUCUGUUGUAU